CACAGGAAGGUCACACCAUCCCUCACCAUCAUCAGGGUGAAGAUCUGAUGAAUAUGAAAGUUGAGGGUGAAGUAGAAGAGACGUAUGUGAGGGAUGAUCAGCAAUAUACGGAGGAGGCUGGAAUGAUGAGGACAUUCAAAGAGGAGGACAUUCCUACAGAGAUCAGCACAGGACACGCCAUUGAGGAACCCUCAAAGGAUCUUCUCACUUUAUCUCUGGGUUGUAAAAUGGAAGAUGAGGACAUCACAAGAGAUUGUGCAGGAGAAAAGACAAUGAGCUCAGCUAUGGAUGGAGGACUUCACAGUGUAGAUAGACCAUCAAAUCCCUCUGACUCUGAGCAACUUCAUACUGUGAGGGAUGGUGUGGGAAUUCAGGGGGAGGAGAAUUUUUCUUGUCCUGAAUGUGGAAGAUGUUUUCUUCAUAAAUCAGAACUUUUCAUACAUUAUAGAUCUCACGCGGGGGAAAAGCCAAAUUCCUGCCUUGAGUGCGGGAAAUGUUUUUUACAGAAAUCGGACCUUGUUCUGCAUCAGCGAUCUCACAUGGAGGAGAAGCCAUUUUCUUGUAAUGAGUGCGGGAAAUGUUUUUCACAGAAAUCAGACCUGGUUAGACAUCAGAGAUCUCACACAGGGGAGAAGCCGUUUCCCUGUGCUGAGUGCGGUAAAUGUUUUUUACAGAAAUCUGCCCUUGUUGUACAUCUGAGGUCUCACACGGGGGAGAAGCCCUAUUCCUGCCUUCAGUGCAGAAAAUGUUUUUCACAGAAAUCGGACCUUGUUAAACAUCAAAGAUCUCACACAGGUGAAAAACCAUAUUCCUGUCCUGAGUGCGGAAAAUGUUUUUCACGGGUGUCCUAUCUUUACUUACAUCAGAGGAUUCACACAGGCGAGAAGCCGUUUUCCUGCUCUGAGUGUGGGAAAUGUUAUUCGUGGAAAUCGGACCUUGUUAUGCACCAGAGAUUGCACACAGGGGAGAAGCCGCAUUCUUGCCCCGAAUGCGGGAAAUGUUUUUCAGAGAAGUCCAGUCUUUAUAGACAUCAGAGAAUCCACACGGGGGAAAAGCCGUUUUCAUGUCCAGAAUGCGGGAAAUGCUUUUCACAGAAAUCUGACCUUGCUAUACAUCAGAGAUUGCACACAGGGGAGAAGCCGUAUUCCUGCCCCAUAUGUGGCAGAUGUUUUCCAUGGAAGUCAGACCUUGAUAAUCAUCAAAGAACUCACACAGGAGAGAAGCCGUAUUCCUGUCCUGAGUGUGGAAAAUCUUUUUCUUGGAGGUCCAGUCUUUCUGCACACCAAAUAUGUCACACAGGGGAAAAGCCAUAUUCCUGCCUUGAGUGCGGAAAAAGUUAUCCACGGAAAUCAGAACUUUUUAGACAUCAGAGAUCUCACAAAAGGGAGAGAUCUGAUUUCAGUUCCCGGGAGGUUCACUAAACAGCUCUAAAGUUCCGAACUCCACUGAAGUCAAUGGGAGCAGAAUUUUGAAGGUUAAAAGGGAAGCGAUUGGCAACCAAAGGGCGUGGGAAGCUGGGCACUGCCCUGAUGGACAUGUAGAAAUGCAAUUUAUUUUAUUUUUUUUGCAAAAUUAUGCAAAAUUUCUUGUGAAAAACACUGGUCAGAGGACAGCUCAUAGGCACUACGGGCCAGAUUCACAAAAGGGUUACGACAGCGUAUCUGCUCAUACGC